GGGCAUUACAGAAAUACUUAGGGGUUUUGUCUAAAAUAAUACUAAAAAAAGAGCUAUGGACAAAAAAUGGACCUUUUUUCAUAUUUUCCAAAAAUGGGACUAAAAUGGGUUAAGAGACUAUUAUACCCUUAUAUUAAUAGAAUCUCACCCAUUAGUUCUACAGUAACGCCAUAGUGACCAAAAACAUUAUAGUGACCAAAAUCCUCUAGUGACCAAAAAUCAUUUGUGACCAAAAAAAUCAAAAAAUUCGUGAGUGACCAAAAUCAUUAGUGACCAAAAUUCUACCUACUUACUAACGUCAACCCGUCCAGUGACCAACAUCUGCCAGUCCAGUUACACUUACCCGACCCGUCCAGCUACAGUUACCUGACCCGCCCAAUUAUAAUUACAGUUACCUAACUCGUCCAGUUACAAUUACCAAUCCAUCCACUUACAGUUAUCAACCCGUCUAAUUACUCAUAAACCACCACUGGCCACCACUACCGCCGGGCGGUGACUGCCGCCACUCUUGCCCACCAGUCUCAUCCGCAAACUCCCAGCCCUCCUCCCCACCCACAACCCCUACCCAGCGCCCAUCAGUCCCUUGCCCCACUCCAACCCUGCACCCUAUCCAGUCUAUCCCCUUCGCUGGAGGCGCAACACCAUCCCAAGCCGUAGACCCCCUCUCCAACCUCCCCAACCGCCGGACCUCACCCCACAACCUAGCCACCAACAUUUACCUCACCAUUUGACCUAGCCUCUGUACGCCGACCAUACCGCCAUGCACCUCGAUGCCGGAUCCCUAGGUCACCGCUAAUUUGCAAUCUCCUUCGAUGCUCGCACCUCCCCAUCUGGUUCGAAACCGGCUCAAAAGAGAUCGAACCCCGUCAUCGUUGUCCGUGUCUGUCUCGUGUCGUCAUCAAUCGUUUCUAUGCCUGAAAUAGAGUCGAAUGCGUAAACUGUUCUCAGUGAUGGAGGACAGGAGGAGAAGAGGAAUGAUGGAGGCGUCAGGGUAUGGCAAGCAGUUAGCGGCGAAAUUGAAUGAGAAGGAGAAAUUUCAAUUUGCAGAGAAGAAGGAUAAGAAGCCGGAGAAGAGUUGCGGCUGCGACUGAGAAGAAAUUGGCCGACGGUGCUGCUUGCGGCUGGAGGAAGAGCAACGAAACCUGAGAUGAAGGUUGCGGCUGGAGACGAGAUACGAUCGAGAAGGAUGAAUAGGGUUAUAUUUAUGUGAGGGCAUUUCAGUCUACCAAUUAUUAUUCGGUCUCUUUUUUGUCCAGAUUUUAAGGAAGUCCUAGUUUUGUAUAUUGCAUAGCCAUUAAUUAUAUUCGAGUCAUUCUUUCAAAUACUUAGGGGUUCCUACCAAUCUCGUGGUCAUGGAGCGAUUUUAAAAAAAUUAAAAAAUGGGUAUUUUGAGUUUGCACCCCAUUUUAUUGUCUAAAUUAGACUUUGCACCUUGUUUUUAAAAUCUUUAGUACUUGCAUCCCAACCCCAUAUGAAAAGACUAAAAUGCCCCCCAUUAACAAUUUUGUUGGUUUUCAACAUAUUCCUGAUCGAGGGGCAUUUUUGUCUUUUCACAAGGGGUUGAGGUGCAAAUACUAAUGAUUUCAAAAACGGGGUGCAAAGUCUAAUUUGAACAAUAAAAUGAGGUGCAAACUCAAAUUAUCCCAUUAAAAAAUCGUAGUUUACAGUCGUAGUAAAAUGUAAUAUUUUCUCUUCUGCUAAUAUUUAAUUUUUGGUGAUUUAUGCUGAUGCUGAAUUAUUAAUCUUUUGGACUUUUAUCUUUGAUUUUUUUUUUUCACUUUUUUCUAAUGAUUGCCCCAAUAGUCAAAGUUUCUAGAUCCACCUCCGGGGACAAAUUGGAUGUGAUCCCCAUUUUUACCUGUAAAGAGGAAAAUGGACUGCUUUUACUCUUUUACGGAAUAGAGAAAAAACAAAUUACCCUAGCUUUCCACUUUUUAGAAAACAAAUUUCAACUCCCCAGUCGCCUUUUGAUGCUUGCUUUCAGGAACUAAUUGCCAGUCACCACUUCCAAGUCAUGAGCUGUUUCGUGGAAAAUUCAUACUUUUUUUUCUCGUCCUGUUUCCGAAUCCUCGGUUUGCUUAAGUUGUUUUACUGCUAUCAUACAACUCGCUCUCGUCUCCCGCUUCUCAGUCUAAGGUUGCCUGAGUCCUCUCCAAAUGAAUCUGAGUUGGAGAAUGAUAUCAUUCUUUCUACUUUAAAAGGAUCACGAGACAUUUCAGACAGCCAUAAGGAUGCCUCGUUGGUAACACAUGCUCCUACGUUGGACUCCCAACAUGAUCACUACUCUGAUCCCACGCUCAAGUACAUUGGCCAGAUGCUACUGGAGGAUAGUAAUAUUGAUGAGAAUAAUAAUCCCAGCUUGUAUUAUGACCCUAUUUCCAUUAGAGCUGCUGAAAAUUUCUUUUAUGACGCCCUUCAUCAAAACCCUUCAUCACCUAAUCAAGAACCUCUUUUUGUUAACAAUAAAUCUGGAAGCCGGGACAGCACAUUUAGGAGCUCUAGUAGUUGUAACACCGAACUAUCUAAAUCAUAUGUGGAGAGGUCAAAUGGUUCUUCAUAUAGCUUGAAUAGUUUUAUAAAUACCCAAAUGGACUCUUUGAACACUGUUAAGUUAGGUCCAAAUGUAUGUAGUGAUACUGAGUCCAUCUUGCAGUUUAAAAGAGGUAUGGAGGAAGCAAGUAGAUUCCUUCCUUCCCAAUAUCAGUUGCUUCUCAGUACAGAUAAUGGUGCGGCUGAUUCUUCUAGAGGAAAGAAGCAUCAACAUUCAGGUGACGUUGGGUUACAGGAAGAAAGGCGCACUAAGCAGUCUG